AUGAAGAAAAAUGAUCCGGAAUGGACGUGUUUCUGUGGGAUCACUGUUCAUGUAAGUUGAUGGUCCUAAUGAUGCUUAUGCUCCCGUAGAAUGCAAUGUUUGUCGUCUCCUUCGUGGGGAUUGUAAUCAGUGUGGCCAGUAUCAUCGUGGCUGUGAUGACAGAGAAUUGGUCCGAGGUCAUUUUGAGUGUGGUCUCCCUGGUCACAUAUUUCCUGGUACUCUUGGCUCGUAUGCUGCAUAAACCUUGGCUAUAUCUCCCAUUAAUUGUUUUACAUGUAAGACGAAUAUCGAUUUCUUCUUUUAAUAUUCGGAAAUAAAUAAUUUAAAUUUCAGACAGCCACUCAAGUCUUUGGUGUUCUCCUGGCCGUUCUCAAAUUGUUGUUGUUCUUCAAACUGAUCAAGAAGAAAGACUUUGCUUGGGUGGACCUCUUAUGGUUCAAUCUGGACCCCACUCUUCUCACGGCCAUCUUCUGUGCGUUUGCUGUGAUCGAUGCUCUUCUGCAGAUCUACUUCGUAUCUCUUGCCUGGAGGGCUUAUCAAUUUAUGAAAACUUUUAUCAUCAAUGAAUGCAAGACUACAGUAGCCACCAUUCAUAAAAUCCAAAAUUAUAAGAGGAAGAAAUAA